CGUUGGUUGCUGUCAUUCUGUCACGAAGUGCCAACCUUUAGUUGUGCUGCAUGUCCGCUGAGUUGUUACAGCAGAUAGUUAAACCUUAAACGGCCAUUAUCUCACUGGACUUCAUAGAAUUUCUCGUCAAAUCUUUUGUUCAGUGUCUAAUCUUGCAAUGUCUCAUCAAGUCGCAUAUCCACUGCCGCAGCAAGCAACAGUCUUCAACGGAGAAUCGUCUCAAUCGACGGAAAGCCAAUUACAAAAGCCGGAUUGUCACACUUCUUUGCUGGAAAAUCAAGAGUCGUACACUGGUGUGGCACAGCUACCUGUAAUGGUAGCAGAAACUCAUCAGGCACCAAGCAUAUUUUCCAGAAGUGUCAGCAUGCCCUUGCCACAGAAUAAUAAUGUGGGAACCAUUCAGAGUUCCCCAGAGUCUUUGUUAGCUAGGGGUGAACAAUCACUUCCUGGUUUGAAUAUAAACAACAGUAGUGAAGUCAGAUCAGCCACAGUAGCAAAAAUUGAACAUCUUAAAAAUUGGAGCAUUUCAACUUACAAGUGCACCAAACAAAUCAUUUCAGAAAAACUAGGGAAAUCUUCAAGAACUGUGGACACAGAACUUGAAUCCCAAAUAGAUCUGCUUCGUGAUGUUCAACGUAAAUACCUUAACAUUCUAAGGUUGUCAAGAGCACUGUCUUCUCAUUUUCAUCAUGUAGUCAGUACUCAGCAAGGAUUGGGAGAGGCUUUUGCUGAUUUGGCCCAAAAGUCUCCUGAGCUGCAGUCAGAAUUCCUUUGCAAUGCUGAAACCCAACGAAGUUUGAGUCGCCAUGGAGAAAUUCUAAUGGCUGCCCUUGAUUUCUUCGUUUCUUCAGUUAAUACGCUAGUGAAUAAAACGAUGGAAGAUACCCUACUUACGGUUAAACGUUAUGAAGCAGCAAGGAUUGAAUACGAUGCAUAUCGUUCCGAUUUGGAGAUCCUUUUGCAGUCACCGGCAUCAGGUCAGACGAAUGCACUAGCUGAUGCACAACUAGCGUACGAUGAACAUAAGGCCGAUUUUGAAAAAUUGCGAGCUGAUGUAUCAGUAAAACUUCGGUUCCUGAAUGAGAAUCGAGUCAAGGUGAUGCAUAAACAGUUGCUACUAUUCCAUAACGCUGUUUCUGCAUAUUUUUCGGGAAAUCAAACAGCGUUAGAAGCAACUCUAAAACAAUUCAAUAUUAAAAUGAAAACUGGUAACAUCGCUCCAUCUUCUUGGUUGGAACAAUAAGAGACACGGAAUUGGAAAAAAAGUUUUCGAUUUGAUUACGUUAAUGCGUAAUUUUUCCUGUUGAAUUACGAUAUUUUGCGUUUUCGAAAUUUCAUGGUUUUACAUUAGCAUUGUUUAACAUUAUUAUUAUAUCUUUCCUCUUGCGAUUUGAAAAAUCUACCAUUUAUUUUCUGAGUUACGGAUGGAACCAGUGAUGUUCCUUCGACCAGCUUCGUCAUUACUACAGUCUAAAUCCCUUGGGAAAAAAGAUGGCUAUUGAUUAUCAAUUUAACCACAACUCUCGUAAGAAAUAUGCAAUCCAACAUUCCCUAGUCACAGAAUUUCGAAAACAGCAGGAAAAUACUUCCCGUCAAUUUUUUUUACUCUGGUUGCAAUCUGAGGGCUCUCACUAUUUCUAAUCACACGUUUAUUCAAUGUUUUGUUAUGUUUUGGUUUUCUCGUCUCGUGUGGAUGUAUCCUACAAUCGAUUUCAUGCUAAACGUCUUUUCCUAACUUCAAUAACAUUAAAAUCAUUGUCCGCAUUUCAAUCGUGCUUUUAAUUGAUUCAAUGUCACCACGUUUUGAUUUCUGAGUCGCUAAGCACAUUUGGAGUAAAGACAUGAUGAAAGCGUCAAGAUAUCUUCGAAAAGUUCUCUUAAUCAUUGCGUCAGUUUACCUGCCAUAUUACAAUAAACGGUUUUGGAAUGUCUGAA